UUUGGCUGUUCAAUUUGCAAAUUUACCCUAGUUGUAACUCCAACUUAAGUUGGAAUGGGUAUUCUUACCUUCAAAUAACUUUCAAAUUCUAGGGCAUUGUUAGGGUGGGGCCAACCCAGAUCUGCUAGCUCAAACAAGUCAAACCCCAAAUUAUAAAAAAUAAAUAAAUAAACAAAUCAAGAAAGACAAGGAAAAACAACCCGAGAAACAUAAGCGAGUUAUUUUCGCUCGCUUGCCCGUUAGCCUGCGGUCUUCCCAAAAACACAUGGCAACGCGAUCCCUUUGGCGCACGCGAGCCAAGCUGGCGGUUGCCGCCACCGCCCUCUGCACGGGAGGCGCCGCCGCUACUAUUGCUACCUCCGACGAUCCCGCCACAGCUCUCAAGGUCUGCACCACCGUUCCUCUUCGCCUUCUCCGUGACUCCAUAACUGCCGCCUCCAUUGUCUUCGAUUAUGAAUACUCAUUAUGGGGACUACCGGAAGGAAGCAAUGAGAGAGCAAAAGUUAAACAUGAAGUUCAUUUAAGGUCGGCCCGGAAGCUUCAAGAACUUUGUUUUAGAAAUGGAGGAAUUUAUAUCAAGCUUGGCCAACAUAUUGGGCAGUUGGAAUAUCUAGUUCCUCAGGAGUAUGUUCAGACAAUGAGGGAGUCGAUGUUGAAUAGGUGUCCAGUUUCUUCAUAUGAUCAAGUCUGUGAAGUCUUCAAGAAGGAACUCGGAGAGAUGCCUGAUAAAGUCUUCAAUGAAUUUGAUCCCAAACCAAUAGCAAGUGCUUCUCUUGCACAAGUUCAUGUUGCUCGUACCCAUGAUGGCCAAAAAGUUGCUGUGAAGGUUCAGCACACUCAUAUGACAGAUACUGCAGCUGCAGAUCAAGCCACUGUGGAAUUUCUUGUCAACACUCUACAUUGGUUAUUUCCAUCUUUUGAUUACAGAUGGUUGGUGGCUGAAAUUCGAGAAAGUUUACCCAAGGAGCUAGACUUUUUAAUAGAGGCAAAGAACAGUGUGAAAUGUUUGGAAAAUUUCCGGAAGCUGUCUCCUCAUAUUGCGGAUUGUGUAUAUGCACCAAAAGUGUAUUGGUCUUUAAGUACCUCAAAGCUGUUAACAAUGGAAUUCAUGGAUGGUGCACAAGUGAAUGAUGUGAUUACCAUUCGAAGACUUGGAAUCCAACCCAAUGAAGUUGCAAGAUUAGUUAGUCAAACUUUUGCUGAGAUGAUGUUUAAACAUGGAUUUGUUCAUUGUGAUCCACAUGCUGCUAAUUUAUUGGUUCGGCCAUUACCUUCUGGCAGAAGGAGCAUUUUUGGCAAGAGAAAACCACAGUUGAUACUUCUAGACCAUGGUCUUUACAAAGAACUUGACUUCUCUACCAGAUUCAGCUAUGCUUCUCUUUGGAGUGCAUUGGUGUUUGCUGAUGUCAAUGGAAUAAAGGAAAAUAGUGUGAAAUUGGGUGCUGGGGAGGAUCUAUAUGUGCUAUUCGCAGGGAUUCUAACCAUGAGGCCCUGGAAUAGGGUCAUUGACUCUGCUGUGGAUCAUUUGGUCAUAAAAGGCACUGACAGUGAUCGUUCAGAAUUACAGAUGUAUGCAUCUCAAUAUUUCCCUCAAAUAUCAGAGCUUCUCAGGAGACUGCCCCGGGUUAUUCUAUUGAUGCUGAAGACAAAUGAUUGUUUAAGAGCAGUCAAUAACUCUCUGUUACAGGGUUCUUCUCUUGAGACAUUUCUGAUCAUCGGAAAAGUUUCUUCUGAAGCAGUUGUUGAGGCAAAGAUGAUGCAGAAGAAAUCCUUACUUACUUGGUUAAAUGUCUGGGUGGAAGAGUUCUUUUUGGAAGCUCGUCUUUUAGCGAUGCAGAUGGCCUUGUGGCUUUUUCAUGUCAGGAAAGCAUUGGCUUGGUAAUAGUUUCAGGUUUGAAAGCAGUUUCUUAUCUCAUAUUAGGCAUCUAAACCUCAAUAUUUUUUGCCUCUGUUGUUCAGACCACCUCAUGCAGGUUGUUUGAGCUUGGAUUGAUAGAUUGAUUCUUUCUCUUCAAGAAAGGAAUAAAUUCGUAAAAUUUUGUGUUCUUGAUUUUGUAAAAUACCCUAUUUCCUGCGGAACUAGGUCAUUGUUGUAAAACCCCAUCAACCAGGCCAGUGAUAAACUGCAAGAAACUUCGUUUUCUUGACAACUGUAGAUUAGUUUCAAUGACAAACAGAACCAGCUGAUUAUUGAUUACUGCAGCAUGUGGGAAUGAAGCAAUUUAUAUCUCAAAUACAUUUGUUCCUUUCUUGUGAAAAGAGCCUGAUUGAAUGAUAGCACUAUUCAAGCAAAUAGGAUUUUAAAUGCAGUCAGAAGAAAUAGAUCAAUCGACCAGGUUUUUUUUUUUUUUUGUCUUUAAUAAUGUUUCCUCUGUGAAUUCCUAAGCUUUAUUAAUGUUUCCUCUGUGAAUUCCUAAGCUUUAUUACUCAUCAUUGCUGCAUUUAUAGUUGGUUUCUAAUAAACCUUAGUUUCCCUCUCUCGUUCCUUCCUUCCAAUCAGGAAAAACAAAAAAAACCCUUGACCCCAUUGAGCUGGCGGGGUUUCUAUUUUUCUUUCCCUCGGCGUCAGGGCAGCAGCAAAACAACCAUAUACUUCCAAAUUUGCCAGGCUUUACUUGAAUAGGGCGAACCCAUAGCCUUGAGGAAUGUGCUUAGUUGGCAAAUUGACCAGGCUUAUAAGUGACUAAUAAAAUGGAAGCAUAAACAUAUUCGGAAAAUGAAGGAUAGUUUUAUAUUUGGUUCUAUUACGGUAAAAUAGAAUGGAGAAAAGGAUUAAGAUUUAAGACUAAUUGUUGAGUUGUGAUUGGAAGGCUUUUUCUUAAUUUCUUUUUUUUUUUUUUUUAUAAUUAAGGUAGUCGGGAU